AUGACAAGAAUUUUUGGAUCUAAAGAAAUUCCGAAACCGCUGAAUGAAGAAGGAUACAGUGGUGGAAAAUGGCAUCCACCUUUUUGCUCCUCUGUGCCAAUGUCCGCAAUGAUCUUACUGGCAGUUAACCUUUUUGUCCUAUCUGGCUAUAACAACAUUUUCAAGAAAGACCCGCUAACGAACUUGCAACAAAACAAUAAAGAUGUUGUAAUUGGAGAUGCAAUAUACUUCAAUCGGCUGAAUUUAGAGGAUGAAGUAAACAGCAAAGAAUGGAUCUUGAAAAAGUUAGUUUCUUCGUCUCACAAUGAUGCAGUCGUCGAGAAGAUAGAACGAACGCGCCAAUCGGCUGCCAAUGCAACAAGCGACGAUCUUAAGACCACUGAAAGCUUUGGAAACUGUAGCAAAGAUAAAAUUAAAUGGACGCAAAAUGUAGUAAUGUGUCUUAUCGCAUUGCUACAUGCUGAGGUUGCAUUACUUAUGCUUUUGUGGGUUAUGAGACAGUUUGAUUCAAUGUUAUUCAAUCGUCAUGCUCGACUAAUUGAAGGUAACAGCAACAACAAAGGCAGCAACGACAACAACAACAACAGUAACAACAGCAGCAAUGACGAUGACGAAGAUUUGGAGGAGAAUGAUGACUUUUCAUGGACAAACAGCAAAUACGUUACCAGCGACUCCUGCUACACUACCAGUCGCUCAAACAAAAACGUAAACAACAAGCCGAGCUGCUCAAGUGUAGGCAUUGCAAAAGAAAAUCAUUAUUCUAAGUCUUCUAAUGGAAAUACAAACUUUAAUCACAAACGCGAAGAGCACUACGUGGAAAGUCAAAAAAAAUCUAAGAAGAAAUAUGAAAAUUCUUAUGCUGCCAGGGACACACCAAAUGUUCUGAAAUCAAGUGCAGUUCAGAACUUGAAAUCUCCAAAAUUAGAUCAAGUGGUGAAAGCAAAAACCCCAAGCAAAGAAAAUCAUAAAAAAUCAAAAGAUGAGUCUAAAGUUGGAAAAGAAGUAAUCGAUGAUAAAGCAUUACCUGAUAGUACAAGACGACAUAGCAAAAUUGACAAUUUGGACAAAAACUUAUUCAACAGAAGUCCAGACACACCUUUUGUUGGGAAAAAUCAGUCAGUGUCAACAAUUAUUUCUAAGAGCAAAAGUAAUUCAACAGCAGGUAAAAAUAAACAACAAAUAAACAAGGAAGAAAAACUGGAAACACCAUUUUAUUCUAAAAACUGUUCAAGAGCUUCGAAUGAUUUUAGACAGAGCCGUACAGAAAAUGAGAAACUAUUUGGAGUUUCCGGAGAAGAAACUGGUUUUUCCGAAAGAAACCUUUGCAAUUCCGGUGUAAAACAACGUAAAAAAGGUUCAGCCAAAACCUCAGACAACACCGCCGCAAACAUUUAUGAUUUUAAUUUCAAAGAUUACAAAGGUGAAUGUGAAUUUGAAAAUUUUACUGAAAAUACUAUAGCAGGAAAUUCUGAAGGUGAAACAGAAGAAAAUUUGGACGAAACGGAUUUUAACUUGACACAAAAUGCGAGUCCACUAUCUUCAUCGACAGCAACUAAGGAGAAGGGUAAAAAUGCCUCUGAAAGUUCAAGUGCAUCGGUCGCGUCUGCAACCACUUCCAGGACUAAAACUGCUCAGAGCGAACCUACCGAAACUACUGCCGCACCUACUGUGGUCACAAGCAUUGCUGCAUCAACUUCUUCUACUUUGUCGGUACGUGCAAGAAAGCCUAAAAAAUCGGAUAGAAAAAGCAAAAGCUCUAGGAGAAUUUCAGCAAGAAAAAAAGGCGACAGAUCAAAAAGACGUCCGAGUGGUUAUAAAAAAUAUCGACCACGAGCAUCAAAAAGUCGCAGGAGCAGAAAGUACCACAAAUCUCCAAACGAAAGGUCGUCUCAAGAAAGCUUAGGAUCGAAAAGGAGGUCCAAGCGUAGAAGAGCUGGAGAAACCUCAAGAAGGAACAGACCAUUUAAAGUUAGUGAGAAACGCCUGUCAGACUUAGAAAGAAAAUUUAGUGGUGAUCCAAAAGACACUAAAAAGCCGUUCGCAACCAAUGAAGCGAGAAUGAAAGAGUUGAUGGAAAAGUUUAGCGACGAUGAAGGAAGACCAUUCAAGAUACACGAAUACCGUAUGGACGAAUUAAAAGAAAAGUUUGACAAUAUAGAAGGCCAAAAAGAAAAAAAGCAAAAGGCAAGCAAGAGCAAACAACGACAUAAAGCUAGCCGUAGGGGUAAGUCUGCCAAACAAAAAACCUCACCGAAAAAGCAGCAGAAAAAAGGAGAAGGUAAAGAUAAAAAGAAGUGA